UCCUGCGGGCGCGGCCGCUGUGGGCGCGGAGCUGCGAGGCGGAGCCGGGCGGCCGAGCCGGGAGCCCGCGAGCCGAGAGCGCGUCGGUCCAGCCGCCGGGCCGCGCCGCCCGCCGCCGAGCAGCCGCCCCGCGCGCCGCGCCUCGGGAACAAAGGCGCCUGCCCGUCGCCCGCGACGCCGCCAUGAAGCCGGGGCCGCCGCACCGUGCCGGGGCCGCACACGGGGCCGGCGCCGGGGCCGGGGCCACGGCCGGGCCCGGGGCCCGCGGGCUGCUCCUGCCACCGCUGCUGCUGCUGCUGCUGGCGGGGCACGCCGCGGGGGCCCAGCGCUGGCGCAGUGAGAACUUUGAGAGGCCCGUGGACCUGGAGGGCUCUGGGGACGAUGACUCCUUUCCCGAUGAUGAACUGGAUGACCUCUACUCGGGGUCGGGCUCUGGCUACUUCGAGCAGGAGUCAGGCAUUGAGAAAGCCAUGCGCUUCAGCCCAGAUGUGGCCCUGGCAGUGUCCACCACACCUGCAGUGCUGCCCACCACGAGCAUCCAGCCCGUGGGCACACCAUUCGAAGAGCUCCCCUCUGAGCGCCCCACCCCGGAGCCAGCCACCAGUCCCCUAGAGGUGACAGAAGUCCCAGAGGAGCCCAGCCAGAGAGCCACCGCCGUCUCCACCACCAUGGCUACCACUGCUGCCACAACCACAGGGGCCCUGACUGUGGCCACAGUGCCUGUCACAGUGACCACUGCUGCCCCCAGCACCCCUGCAGCACCCCCUGUUACAGCCACCACUGCUGUUGUAAGGACCACCGGCGUACAGAGGCUUCUGCCUCUUCCACUGACCACAGCAGCCACGGCACGGGCCACUACCCCCGAGGCGCCCUCUCCCCCCACCACGGUGGCUGUCUUGGACACUGAGGCACCAACACCCAGGCUGGUCAGCACAGCUACCUCCCGGCCAAGAGCCCUUCCCAGGCCAGCCACCACCCAGGAACCUGACAGCCCUGAGAGGAGCACCCUGCCCCUGGGGACCACUGCCCCUGGACCCACAGAGGUGGCUCAGACCCCAACUCCGGAGACCUACCUGACCACAGUCCGGGAUGAGCCAGAGGUGCCAGUGAGUGGGGGGCCCAGUGGAGACUUUGAGCUACCAGAAGAAGAGACCACACAACCAGACACAGCCAAUGAGGUGGUAGCUGUGGGAGGGGCUGCGGCCAAGCCGUCACCUCCACCUGGGACACUGCCCAAGGGUGCCCGCCCAGGCCCUGGCCUCCUGGACAAUGCCAUCGACUCGGGCAGCUCAGCUGCUCAGCUGCCUCAGAAGAGUAUCCUGGAGCGGAAGGAGGUGCUCGUAGCUGUGAUUGUGGGCGGGGUGGUGGGCGCCCUCUUUGCCGCCUUCUUGGUCACACUGCUCAUCUAUCGCAUGAAGAAAAAGGAUGAGGGCAGCUACACACUGGAAGAACCCAAGCAGGCAAGCGUCACAUACCAGAAGCCUGACAAGCAGGAGGAGUUCUAUGCCUAGUGGAGCCGCAGUGCCUCCCUGCAGCCUCAGCACCACCCUGCCGUCCAGUCCCCAGCCUGGCCCCACCAGUCCCAGCCUGGGACUGGGCCUGGAGCCUGGCCCCAGUUCUUCUCUGCCCUCCCUCCCAAGGCCUGCCCAGGCUGCCAGCCUCACACAGAUCUUCCCUGAGGAACAGGGGCUGCUGCCAUCACUACAGACUGUGCCCUUACAAGCUCAACUCUUGUUCCCCUCAUCCCUGCCACCAGUCUGGGGCUUCAGGACCUCAUGUCAGAUGGAUGGGAGGAAGGAAGCUCCUGAUUGACUGGUGGAAAAAAGAGUGGGGCUCGAGAUGGGCCUGAGCCCCAGCUUGGCCCCUGCAGAGCUCACUAGGAUCUCCAUUUUGGGGCAGAGAAGGACUCAGGCUGGUUUCGAGGACAAACAUUCGUCUGUCCUUGAAAUCACAUAGACACUGCAACCUCUGGCAUCUAUCCCACAGCCUCUCUCUGCCUGGGUGAGAGGGUGUCCCUUGUCACCAGCCUGUUUUGUCCCAUCUUUCUGGGGUUGCUGAGUCUCUCCUCUUGCCUGCCAAGUACACAUGCAUCCCAGACUUCAUUUCUUUCUGCAUCUUCCCCUACAGAACAGCUUCCUGAGAGUGCCGGGGCAGCCACUGGUGACGAGAGGCUGCUCUGCUGUCUCUCCCAUGAGGGGACUCUGCACGGACAUCAUUGCCCACACUGUCACACAUAUUUUCAUGCAGUCACACACCAGACAAAAGCAUGCAAUGACAAAACCAGACACAAUCCUGACUGCCCAGCCAAUCAAGACAUAUCACAGGACACACACGUCCCUCCAAGAAUGUUAUCCUCUCUCAUCACUUACACACCCCCAGACUCUAAGUACAGUGCAAGUCACUAGUCAUGGUCCGUGACAGUGACAGUGUGGCCUCCUCCUGCCCCCAGCACACCUACACUCUGGUACCACACACAUUGUCUCCUGCUUUCAGGCUCACUGGGGGAGGGUGGAAUUGAGCCAGAACAAUCAGCCCAUAUUGGGUCUCCUGGAGUUGUCCCGUCAUACUCAGUCCCAUGCCAUGGUGCCCACACCAACCAUAUGGCCACCGACCCCAGCUGGUGUCAGACACAAUCCCGUGUGGAUGCACAAUCUCAUGCCACAUGACCUGCUCUCAGUGCUGGAGGGAAACAGGCCCUUGCCUUUCCUGGAAAAAGUGUGGGGCCACAGCCCUUUCAGGGCAUUGCAUGCAGGUGGGCCUGGCUUCACCCCUACCUGCUUCCUCCCCACUGCAGUUGGCAAAGGGGGAGGUUUGGGGCCAGCCCUUCCACUGGCUGGGAGCCUGGGGGCUCCUCUAAGGCUGAGGAAGGAAAUUUGACCCCAGACUGUGAGGGGCUCUUGGGUCUUCCAGGACGGAAGACCCAGGGCAGGGAGGGGGCAUGUGGAUGGGCUCCUUCAUUUCCCUGUUACCCCUUCCUGCUCUGAGAUAGGGGGCUGACUCUGCCUCCCAGGACACAAGUCUCCAAAGUGCCUGUGAGGGCGGGCCCUUCGCACCCUCUGCCCUCUGCCUGCCAGGCCAGCCUCAGCCCACCUGCCCGGGGCCCACCCUGUGGACAUCCCCUCACCUAUUUGGCCAAACAGUUCUGACUGCAGCUUCAGGGCCCAUGGCUGGAAGCAGCCCCUGAAGAUGCCUCAGGCCAAGGGCAGGGUUUGAGGGAUGAGACCAGGUAACAGUGGGGGAGGUGUUACCUCCUUUGUUACCUAGCAAGUAUUUUAAGUGUGGGGUCACAGAUCUUUGGGGAAGGGUGUGCUUGGCAGGGGGCCUCCUUGAGCCAAAGGGAUAGAUGUGAGUUGUGAUUGGCUGGCACUCACACCCCCACCCCUCACCCACAACCCAGAUUCAAGUCAGGAAGGCAGGUUGUAUUUCAGGGCCCUUUUCAAGAUGCCCUGGCAGCAGAUUUCUGCAGGGUGAGGGGUAGCGGAGUGUAGGCAGUGAGGGUGAGGUUCUGGGGGCUGUCUGUUCCCGGCUGGACUCCAUCUUCAAGUCCCAAAACCCUCCUUCUCAGGGCCCAGAGGCUUGUGAGGAAGCCAGGUGGCCCCAGCCUUAGAAGAGUGGGCAUGGGGGGCCCCCAAGAUCUGGAGGAGGUGGGUUGGCCUCAGUCAUCUUUGGAGCAGAAGGGCUGGGUCCUAGGAGCAGAGACCACAAGACUGUCUCCCUCCUCCCUGGGGUGCUGCUGUCUUGGGGACUACAGCUCUGGUGAGACGGCCUGGGCAGGCCGAGGCUGAGAAACCAGGGAGGAGAGAGGAGAAAGGGCUUGGGCCUCCAGCCCCAGAAGAUGCUGGCCCCUGGGCGGGAGACUCAGCAGGGAGUGCAGCUUCUGUGUAGGGCUGGAGCCUGGAGCCUGUGGCAGGGGUGGCCCCAGUCAGCCUGGUUCCUCGCAUUCCCAGGGGUUGGCUUCUGAUUUGGGGCUUGAGCCCCAAAUGCUAUCCUUAGCAUUUGAGAGAAGAGGCCAGGGGCCUUGUUCAUGGAGCGGGUACUCACCCAAGGCAGAUGUCCAGGCUUUAUCCUUGUGAGCUUGAAGAGUCUGACCAGCCAUAUCUGCCCUGGCUGGCCUGACCAAGGCAAGGCAGUCCGAGAGAGAGUUCAGUGAGGGCAAGCUGGGGCUCUCUGAGGUGCAAUGUGGGUGCAGGGUCCUCAUGUGCCCCAGCCCCCACCUGUGAUAGGGUGUCCUGAGGGGCUUUGGCAUUUGCCGGAAGCACAGCGAGUUCCAAAUGAGAGGGAGCUUGUGUGGCUUGAGAGCCUCUGGGGCCCUGGCUGCCAGAGCACGAGGAGGGCCGGGACCUUGAGAGCCCAGGCCCUGUCUCCAGAGGGCCAGAUGGGGGCCUCGCCUGAAAAGCUGGUUCCCUUGAUCUCUGGAGGUAUGUGGGUGGCAGCCAGGGCUGGGCAGGGCUUAGGCUGUGUGGGCCAGACCCCCCUGGAGUUGGCAAAGCUUCCUGUCAGGCCUCCAGGUGGGGGCCCUUGGACACAGGGAGCAGACCCUUAGCCUCACCAGGAGUGGCUGCCUCCCAGGUUCUCUGAAUUUCUUCUUCCAGUAACUGCAGCCCUGGACUUGCCUCCUCAGGCCUCCUGCCUGUAAAUAGAGGCCCACAAACUGUACAGAUUUACAGAGGCAUCAAGACUGGCCCUGGGAGUCACCAUCUGAGGGCCAGUGGCCCCAGCAUCCCCAGGUGCCUGCCUGGCAUCGCAGUGCCCCUGGCCUCAGCGUGGCAAAUGCAUGUAAAUAUUUUUUGUAGGCAGCGUGGCUCCAGAGAGCCCCCUGAAGACAGUGUCCCUCCCUCCGGUGAGUCCUCUCCUGUACAGAACUGGCCUGGGGUGUGUGCGGGUCUGCUGUCCCUUCCCCCAGGCCUUCCCUGUCCCUUCUCUCCCCUAUAACCUGUUUAUUAACCAUACCUGUCCUGAGUUCAUGGCCAAAACUUUAAAUAAGGAAAAGCAAAGGAAAAAAAGACAGUGGAGAAAAGAGACCAGGGCACCUGCCCCGCUGCGGGUACUCACCUGAACCAGCCUUCUGAAGGAACUGGCUUUUUUGUUUUUGUUUUUGUUUUUUUAACACUUCCCGUGCUGUGCCCAUUUAUAAGAGGAAAUAAAAUUAAGCUGAAAUAA